CAAGACAUCUGUGUGCAACGAUUCAAAACUAUUUCAUAACAAAAAAACCCUUGAAAGUCUUAUCAUUUACAAUCAGAGAUAUAAAGAUUAAAAAAUAAAAUGGCAUCUAAUUCAAAUGGGUUAGCAAGGUUAGAUGGAAAAGUGGCUCUGAUAACAGGAGCAAGUUCAAGCAUUGGAGCUGGUACUGCCGUUUUGUUUUCAAAAUUAGGAGCUCGUUUGGCUCUGACUGGUCGUAAUACAGAUAAUCUUAAGAAAACUAGUGGAUUUUGUGAGAAAAUCUCUUCUGAAAAGCCAUUUCUAUUAUCUGGUGAUGUACGUAAUGAGAGUUUUAUUAAAGAACUGGUUGAUAAGACUAUAGAGAAUUUUGGUCAGUUAGAUAUUCUGGUGAAUUGUGCUGGAAUUGUGGUAGUUGGUACCAUAGAAACAACAUCAUUAGAACAAUAUGAUAAAGUUUUCAAUGUUAAUGUCAGAUCUAUCUACCACCUAACUAUGUUAUGUGUACCCCAUCUGAUAAAAACUAAAGGAAAUAUUGUCAACAUUUCUAGUGUUAAUGGUGUUAGAUCUUUUCCAGGUGUCUUAGCUUAUUGUAUGUCUAAAAGUGCUAUAGAUCAGUUUACAAGAUGCACAGCUUUAGCAUCAAAACAGGUCAGAGUGAACAGUGUUAAUCCUGGUGUUAUUAAAACUGAAAUUCAUAAGAGAGGAGGGAUGUCUGAUGAAGAUUAUAAUAAGUUUUUAGAGAGAACAAAAACAACCCAUGCUUUAGGUAGACCUGGAGAAGUAGAUGAAGUUGCUUCAAUGGUCGCUUUCUUAGCUUCUGAUAAUGCAUCGUUUAUAACUGGUACAUCAACUCCUAUAGAUGGUGGAAGACAUGCUAUGUGUCCCAGAUAAUGUAUCCAUACUUUUUUGUGUUUUGAUAUUUACUCCUGCUAAGAUCAUGUCCUUCUACAUCUGAUUCAAAACAUAACAUGGACAAUUUUUGGGUAGAAUAAUCGAAUUUUGAAACCAUUAAAGCCAGAAUUUUAUUUUGUUCAUUACUACCUAUACUUUAAAUGACAGGUGCGCCAUUUAUUUUAGCCAAUCAAAUUUGGUGUUCACAGAUCACCUUCGAAAUUUGAGCCAUCAAAUCAAUGUGUGUCCAAAAUUAUCUGCAUUUGAAAGACGAGUCCUCUUUUCUUGAGACACUGUCAUAUCUAAAAAAGACAUCUAUAGAAAUUGGAUAAGAAGUUCCUAGUUUGAGAUCUAUCUGAAGUAUUGAUGCUAUUUUCGUACAUUUCCAGUACUUCUGAAGACUAUUUAUAUAUAUGCAAGACUCAAAUCACCUCCCCCCCCCCCCAUAAUGGUGCAUCUAUCUCUUUUAACUACUAAGGUGUAUAGGUCCUGUUUGUGUUUGUGUUUUGAAUUAGACCUGAAUGUGCACAGAUAUUAUUUACUCAACUAUAGAAUAUCUACUAUUCGAACGUAUAUUUUGUUCAAUACCACUUAAACUACGUCAAAAUAAAGUAAACUCUUC